AUGUUCUCCAUCCUAUCCCCGCCCUCUCCGGCUCCUCUCCCGACUCCGAGGACUCCAUCAUUGGGUGACUUGACCAACACGUUUAUUCUGUCAUCAGGACCGAGCUCGAAGUUCAAGCUUUGUCGAGUACCGAAUAGCCUGAGCGAUGACCCCUCACGGCUGCGCAGGGCGCACCAAAAGUCCCCCAGGGGCUGCCAGAGCUGCAAGAGGCGAAGAGUCAAGUGUGACGAGAAAGUCCCAUGUGGCAACUGCUGGCGGCGGAGGGAGCAUUGCCAUGUCGGACAGCAGCAAUGCAAGCGCAAGGCGCCACUGACGCCUAUGCCAACUCCAGCCCUACUACCCAGCCGCAAGCCAGCUGAUGCGUCCGUCAAUCUGGAUCACCUGAGGCUCUUCCAUCACUUCAAGACAAGCACACAACAGACGCUCCUGUUCGAGCCGGGCAUCUGGGACGCCGCCCUUCGGCUCAGCCUCCACUUCGACUUCCUCAUGAACGCCAUCCUCUGCGUCGCGGCACGGCACCUCGACUGUCUGCGGUCGACGCAGGCGACGUUGCCGUCGUAUUCCACGACGGCGGCCCGACACCUCGGUUCCGCGUUGACGGGGUUCCGGCGACAAGUCGCGGGCAGCUUCACGUCGACGCACAUCGACGUCUUCGUUGCUACUUCGCUGCUCCUCCAGUAUGAUGUGUGGAGCAAUGUGGAUUUCCUCCCUGCCGCCCAACGAGGGGACCGUGACACGGGGUUUGGUCACUCAGCUGAUUGCUUCUUCAGCUUCAGCUCGAGCCUGAAACAUGUGUUCCUCAAGAGCGUGCCGCUCAUCGCGGGCCAGCCAUCAUCAUUCAUGCCGGAGGUCCAGUGCAACUUCCCUGAGCGCGUCAUUGCGGCUUCGAAACUUCACGCAGACGAUAUGGAGACAUAUCAAGAGUUCUUCUCUUACGAUCGACCGAUUGACGCGGAAAUGCUCGCAUCACCUCCGCAGCCUAGUCGGGGCGGGGGUGUCAUCGAGGAAGAGCCAUGGCAACAUCACAAUUUCGAAGUCGAUGAUGCGAAUCCCAUCAAUUCGGGGUACGUGCCGGCCGUGGCUCGACUCUGUCUGAUAGCAUCUUUCAUCGGAAACACAACGAGGCUUCGGCCCCAGGAAGCCAAGUGCCUGGCCCGGUACGUCCUCUCGUUUCCCAUAAUGUGCCGCGGCGCCUUCGCCGCGAUGGUGCACCAGGAUGACCCGCACGCCCUGUUGGUACUCUACCAUUUCUACCGCGCCGUGAAAAUGCUACUUCCGGAGAAAGAGUAUUGGUGGGCACAUAAGAGGGCGACGAUGCGGGAGAGCGAACUGAGAGAAUGGUUGGACGGGGUGGUUGCCGAACAGACAUGA